UAUGGUAGCAGGAGGGUUUGCUGAUCUCUAUGGCAGCGGCCGUAGCGUCGUUGCGGUUGGCCGACGGGGGCUGUUGUCGCCCCCGCGGGUAUUCGCGGGCUGUUUGAUUGCGGGCCGUUUUGAGGAUGCCGCUUGGCGAGUACGCUUUCGUGCGUGUGGCAGGCAAAGGCAGCUACGGGGAAGUGAGCCUAGUGCGGCACCGGCGCGACAGUAAACAGUAUGUUAUUAAAAAGCUGAACCUUAAACAUGCAUCCAGCCGUGAGAGGAAAGCAGCAGAGCAAGAAGCCCAGCUGUUGUCUCAGCUAAAACAUCCCAAUAUAGUCACCUACAGAGAGUCCUGGGAAGGAGAAAAUGGCCUUCUCUAUAUUGUUAUGGGCUUCUGUGAAGGAGGGGACCUGUAUCAUAAGCUGAAAGAACAGAAAGGAAAACUUUUGCCAGAGAAUCAGGUGGUGGAAUGGUUCAUUCAGAUUGCUAUGGCACUGCAGUAUUUGCAUGAAAAGCGCAUUCUACACAGAGAUCUCAAAACUCAAAAUGUUUUCUUGACACGUUCAAAUGUCAUCAAAGUGGGAGACCUGGGAAUAGCUAGAGUGCUGGAAAAUAAGUAUGACAUGGCUAGUACUCUCAUAGGCACACCGUACUAUAUGAGUCCAGAGUUGUUCUCAAACAAGCCUUACAAUUAUAAGUCUGAUGUUUGGGCUUUAGGUUGCUGUGUCUAUGAAAUGGCAACUUUGAAGCAUGCCUUCAAUGCUAAAGACAUGAAUUCCUUAGUUUAUCGAAUUAUUGAAGGAAAGCUGCCACCAAUGCCAAAAGAUUACAGUACUCAGCUGAAAGAACUAAUAAGAACCAUGCUUAGUAAAAGGCCAGAAGAAAGACCCAGUGUGAGAAGCAUCCUAAGGACACCGUAUAUCAAGCACCAAAUCUCUCUAUUUUUGGAGGCCACAAAAGCGAAAACAUCAAAAAAUCAUAAGAAAAUGUCUGAUGUCAAGCCCCAAAGUUCCUCACUAGCAUCAGAGAAUGUCGAACUGAAAAAUGGAAAUAUAAUACCUCAGAAACUUCCUGGCGAGCACCCAUGGAAAUCUAAAGGAAAUGAAGAGAAAUGUUUAAUUAGCAAUAAAACCUAUGAAGUUUCUCCUUCAGAAAAACUGGCUGCUGAACCUGAAAAAAGUCUAAACAAGAAUGGUUUGAACAACACAGAUAUAUCUAUAGCUACUAUGAGCAAAGUGGACAUAGUUAUUGUUCCACUGGAAGAGAGGAACUCAAAAAAUGAAUAUUCAGUGGAGGAUAACAAAAACAGGUGUUCACAUUUUUCCAGUGAAUCAGAGUGUGACACAGCAAUAAAUGGCCCACCGUUUAAGGAAGACAAAUUGCAGAAAAUGACGAAGCUGUAUUCUAAGACAGAAAAUGUAGAUUUUAAGAAGACUGGUCUUGAUGAAGUGCCUGAUAGCAAUGACACCAUGAAACUUCUUCAGCCUAUUUCAAACGUCAUAAACACAAAUGAUCAAAAUCUGGAUUCUACUGAGAAACUGCUGGCACCAUGUACGCCUGUAGUAAUUCUUGAUGAAGCCAUUUGUGGAAACGUAGCAGAAAAUAAAGGCAAAAUUCAGAAUGAAAGCACCCAUUGUUUGCAGCCCCAAGGAUCUGUUCAUGAGCCUUCCCUGUCACGACAGCGACGACAUAAGAAAAAAGAACAAUUAGAAGCCUUUUCAGAAAAGGCUACAGCUUGUGUUCCUCAACCACUGCCUUCUCUCCCUGAUGUGAAUAUAAAGACAAGAGAAGAUCAUAUAGGCAAACAUAGUGCUGUGUUUGCAAAGCCUGUAAGCAGAUCAAGCGGCACUGAGAUAGCAUCUUCUAAGGAUCGCCCCCUGUCAGCACGGGAGAGGAGGAGACUAAAGCAGUCUCAAGAAGACAUGCUUCCUUCAGGGCCUGCUGCAAGACGAGCAUCUCAUGGUGAAGUAACAGAAAUGAAAUCGCUAGAGGAAGACAUUGUUACUCAAAUGCCUCAGUCUUCUUCAGAGCCUAGCAUUUGCAAGAAAAAGAGCUUAAGUGGUGGCUUUUGUGAGGAUGAGCUGAGCACUUCCUCCAGUUCCACUGAAAAAUCAGAUGGAGACUGCAAAGAAGGAAAAACAAAUGACAUGAAUGAUUUGGUACAGUUGAUGACCCGAACACUGAAUAUGGACAAUAAAGAAAAUUGUGAACAAUCUGCAGUACCAGUUCCUGAAUCACAGUUCAGGCUUAAUAGAAAAUACAGAGACACCCUUAUCUUACAUGGGAAAGUAUCAGAAGAACCAGAUGAAUUCCAGUUUCAGGAGGUUUCUUCAGAUAUUCUGUCUGGUCCUGGGAAGAUUAGGAGACUAGUUGAAAUCUUAAGGGCAGACGUAGUGCAAGGACUUGGAAUGAAACUUCUGGAAAAGGUGUAUGAUGUUAUGGAGGAGGACGAUGAACAGAAGAGAGAGCUGCAUUUGCGGGAGCUGAUGGGAGAAAAGUACACCUCUUACAGCAUGAAGGCUCGUCACUUAAAGUUCUUAGAAGACAAUGUAAAACUCUGACGGAUACUGCCAGUUACCACCUCUGCUUGAAGGAGACAACAAAACUUUAUUCAGCAGUUCUUUGAGGUUCAGAUUUUCAUUUUUCUGUAUCAAAUAAGCUGUCUGAUUCUCUUUAUCAGUUGUAGAACUAAGUUCUGAUUGAUUUAGCUUAUUAUAAAUAACAAGUAUGUUUAAAGCCUAGUGCAAGAAAUGUUUGGCACACAUAAAAGCUCAGUUUUCUGUCACUAGACAUGGCACUUCCAUGUAAGAGUACAGGAUUGUAACCAGAGCACAGGACUGCCUCCAGAAUACUCCAUCUUUCAUGUAAAGGAAAACGAGGGAAGGGUAAGAAAUAAUUCAGCAUUUCAAUCCUAUUCUGUUGUGUACUAGAUGACAAAUGAACAAUCUGUAGGUAGGGAAAAACUAAUUUUUAUAGCUGACCAUUUUAAAACUCUUUGUAGCAACCACAUAAACAUUUGUAUUUGCAAAACUUUAUGUGCAAUCAAAAGUAUAUUAACUGUAAUUGAUGUCUUUUCCCACGAUACCUGACAAUUCUAAUGCCCAGUUACCAUGAAUUAGAAUAUUUCUUUGAGCCAAAAAGACCAGGAAAGAAUACAAAACAGUAAUGUAUGUACAUUGUUUGCUACUUCAUCUCUGGUUUUAUAGUUUAUUUCACCAAGCUAGGAUGAUGUAGCAAUAUGCAAGGUCUUUAAAUUUUAUAGAACACAAAGACUAAAUCAUUGUAGUAUAAAGCCAAUGGAAUGAUUUCUGAAAAUUUGCUUUCAAUUCAGGGUCUUUACAGUCAGAAAUUUGGAUAUUUGAAAUAAAUUGGUUUUAAAGAAUGUAAAUUAUAUCACCUAAUCUGUGGGACCAUCUUCCCUACCUUGGACUGCAUUAUCUCUUGUAUGAAUGUUUUUUUUAAAGUAAUAAAGUAACUCCUUGUAAAUAAAAA